CAAUUAGCGACUCCUUCCCAUCUUCUUCCCCACUUCGCAUAUAUAUAACCACCCUCACACUCCUCUUUUCCACUCAAACCACUACUCUUCACUUUGAAUUUCAAACUUCAAAUUCCUUCCGAGACUUCCAAACAUAAAAAAUGGAACAAGCUUCUGCCCUAGACAUGAUCAGCCAACACCUUCUCAGUGAGUUUAACUCCAUGGAGAGCUUCAUCACCAGCCUCAACAACUGCACUUCCAACAUUGAUCAAACCCCUCAAUAUCAACAAGCUGAUGAUUCCUUCAAAGUCUCUGAUUACUUACUCCCUUCUGAACCCGAAUUCGAGUUCGAAACCAAGCCUCAGAUUGUCCACUCCGAGCCAUCCCCAAAGAAAAAUUCGACUCUCAGUCACCGCAAGCCGACCAUCAACGUGGCAAUACCAACAAGGCCGGCUCCAGCUGUGGCGCCUGCUGUUUCUGCGAGCGCCACAACUGCUCAGAGUUCGAUAAACUCUGAGAACGAGGCGAGGCACUACAGGGGAGUCCGUAGACGCCCCUGGGGCAAGUACGCUGCCGAAAUUCGUGACCCUAACAAAAGGGGGUCACGGGUUUGGCUGGGGACCUUUGACACCGCCGUUGAAGCGGCCAAGGCUUAUGAUCUCGCGGCGUUUAAGUUGAGGGGGAGCAAAGCCAUCCUCAACUUUCCUCUUGAAAUUAACAGCAACAUCGCGGCGGCUCAGCCUCUUCAGGCGAGCGUAGUUGGCCGGAAGAGGAGGAGGUCUGAGAGUGCAGAGGGUAACAGUGAGGGUGUGGAGAGUAAUAAAGCGAUGAAGAAGGAGGAGGAAACCAUAAGCAGCUGCAACAGCACCUCACCAAUUAGAUCAUCCAUUUCAUCAGCCGCAGCAGUUAACUGUCCAUUAACGCCGUCGAAUUGGACGUCAAUUUGGGAUAGCAAAGAUCUUGACGGAAUUUUCAGUGUGCCUCCUUUGUCACCAUUAUCUCCUCACCCCUGUUUCGGAUACAACCAGCUUUUAAUUCAUUGAUUAAUUACCAGAAACUAUAAGAAGUUGUCCAUCUGCAAAAGAGAGUGAUGAUGAUGAUUUAGGAGUUUGCUACUGUAAAUAUCUUAGAGAUGAUCGAUGAGUUUAAUUUCUCUGUACUACGCAAUAUCGUGCUCUUCUUGGAAUUGUUUAUUCGUUUAUUAUA